AUGACGAGGUUAAUGGACAAGGUAAUACCUGCAUCACUCAGAAACGAAGUUUUUGUAUACCUGGACGAUUUACUGGUUAUCUCCGAUACGUUUAAUAAGCAUUUGGAAGUUUUGGAGACUGUAGCGAAACGGAUCCAAGAAGCUAACUUAACCUUGAAUGUGGAGAAGAGCAAGUUCUUUACAGAGCAGGAGUGCCUUGCGGCUUUAGUAAGCAUUAAAAAAUUCCGAGCUUAUGUCGAAGGACUAGAAUUUACCGUCAUCACGGAUCACGCGUCCUUGAAGUGGCUGAUGUCGCAGAACGAUGUAAAUACUAGAUUGGCACGAGUUGAGCAUGAACAGAUAGCGGCAAUAGAUUUUAAGAACGGGUUGCUGGUGGAUAUCGACUCACAACAUUUUAAGUCCGCUGAGUAUAUGCAGUUAAUGGAGGGAAUUAAAAGUAAUUUGGAUAACUUUCCGGAUCUUAGAAUCGUGGAUUCCUUGGUAUAUCGACGCACCGAAUAUUCGAAAGGCGAACUGCUCAAUGAUGCGUACGCGUGGAAAUUGUGGAUACCGAAGUCUAUGAUUCAGGAGGUGCUAAAGAAAUCGCAUGACGAUCCAUUAGCGUCUCACGGGGGUGUUCACAAAACGUUGGAGAGACGAUAUUAUUUCUGGCCAGGAAUGGUGAAUGACGUGAAGGACUACAUUUCAGCCUGUGAAAGUUGUAGGAUGACUAAAGCACCGAAUAGGGCGUUGAGGCCACCUAUGGGAAAGGCAGUCGAGUCGCAGAGGUUUUUCCAGCGUCUCAACAUUAAUUUUUUAGGCCCCUAUCCUAGAGCCGUGAAGAAACUUACAGCGGAUGUUGUACUAAAGUACUUAGAAGAGGAUCUUUUUCACACCUUUGGUUUUCCUGAGAGCAUUGUUUCCGAUAAUGGGUCGCAGUUUAGAUCCGAGAAAUUUCAAGGUAUGCUUAGGAGUCAUCGUAUCACGCACACUUUAACUGCGGUGCACGCUCCUCAGGCUAAUGCUUCGGAGCGGGUAAAUCGCUCUGUGAUUGCUGGCAUUCGUGCUUAUAUUCGUAGCGACCAAAAGGACUGGGAUGAAAAUCUUAGUAAAAUCAGCUGUGCGCUGAGGUCAGCAACUCACUCCGGUCUGGGAUCCACAACUUACUAUAUGGUUUUUGGACAGCAGAUGAUUACAUCUGGGGCAACAUACUCCUUAUUGAGGAAGUUGGCUAUGCUAGAGGACAAAGCAGCUACUUUUAGCCGUGAGGACUCUCUAGAAGUAAUCAGGAAGAAAGCAGCUGAAACAUUGGGAAAACAGCAUGAGAGGAAUCAACGACAUUACAACCUUAGGGCGCGAGAAGUAUCGUACAAGGUUGGCCAGGAAGUAUAUCGGAGGAAUUUUAAACAGAGCUGUUUCCAAGCAGGUUACAAUGCUAAGCUGGCUCCCUUAUUUGUAAAGGCUAGAGUGAGAAGGAAAAUAGCGGGCUCAAUUUACGAACUAGAAGAUUUGAAUGGAAAGCUUGUCGGUCGGUACCAUGGCAAAGAUAUUCGUCAGGCUUAG